AUGACUACUCCUGAUUCAAUGGCUCCACCUCGAACUCGUCUGGAAUUAGUUGAUAUUGCGGUGACCAAGGCAGUUGUUGCCCUGACUAUAUUCACUAACUAUGACUUUGCUUUCGGUAUCGAAAGUGUCCCCAUUUAUGGUUGGGAGCUCAACUCCGAGGCUGUGGAGACACCCCGAAUCCUAAGUGGUAAGGAAGAGAAGGGCACUGAGGUACCGUAUAUCUUUGUAACAGGGGCAAGCUAUGUUCCAACCCUUCCCCUGGGUUUGGAGUGUUGUUGGCUGGUGCUAUUGGGAGGUGUAAAGACGGAGAAAGCGGGAUGUGCGGAUCUAGACAGACAACCGCAAGUCCUCAUGUCACACCAACAGUUCAUCUACGGUCACACCCAAAUGCGAGAAGUGGCGGGGGAUCCAUGGUAGUCCUCGUCACCGGUGGGGCAGGUAAAACCUGCUGUAAAGUCCCAGAAGGGUACGGUUUUGAGGACGUAAUGACACUCGGUGAUUUGAUAGUCCCAUUUAGUAGGCUUAUAGAGAAAGCUCGCCAACUCCCGGUUAUCGCUGUGGAUGCUAUCUUUGUGUUCGCCGAGGGCAGGAUUGGGGUGGCGAUGCAUAGGUCGUUAUUUAUCUACUGA